CGAUGGAGUCCCGAGUCUAACCUCUGAAUAUGUAGAGACAUCAGAGAGUACUAUCCUACCAGAAGUACCGAAGCCGAAGUUAUCCCCCUACGGUCUUAUCCUUCGAGACACACGCAGUUUUUCGAGUCUUGCAACUGUCCAUACUUCACCACGUCCAGAACUCACCAUGUCUGAGGACGCAGUCAGGCAAGAGCCAUUCCCGUCACCUUCCAGGCAGGCAACUGGGCUUGUCAACGGAGUGGAAACUGAGGUUUCAUCAAUGAACUUCUCGGACAAGAUCAUGGUCACCAUUUCUCAAGGUGGGCGCCUUGCUCAGUGGGUCCAAGUACAACUAGCCGCACCUUCUUCAGCGUCAGUAGACAUGGCUCUUCCUGGCGCCGGUAGCCUGUUACCAUCAGAACAUUUAACAGCAACGACUCUUCUUGGAGGUGGAAAUGCGGAGAGGGAGACCAUGGGCCAGCUUUAUGCCAGUCAAAUUGCCAGUCUCCUGACUCUGCGCAAUCCCAAUGAGCAGCGGUCUUUGUUGCUUGGUUUGGGCCUGGAGAAGGUCGACACCACUACUAGUGACUCCUUCUAUGACGUGGUCGAGUUGGUACAACAAGUCCUCUGAUAGUAAAUGUCAUGGAGCGAACGAUAUCUCGC